AUGCCGUAUCGGCUGGAGCUCGAGGACGACAACGGCGAUGUCAUCAAGACGUACACCGUCGGUCGCAAGGACUGCACGGUCACGAUCCCGGACGAUGCCACGAUGUCCCGCCUGCACGCCGACCUCGUCGUCAAGGCACUCCCGCCGGACGCCGUGCCCGAUCCCGGCGUCAGGCCCCAGGUGCUGGUCCGCGACCACUCCAAGUACGGGACGAAGAUCGAGGGCUCAAGGCUGGACAAAGGCGCGGCGGAGACGGACGUCGCCUCGCGCAUCCCCUGCAAGAUCACCUUCGGCGUUCGCAUCGACAACGACACCAAGCGCCGGUGCCCCACGACGGUCAGACUCGCGUACCAGCCCAUCGCGCUCUACCUCCCCGUGGACUUUGACGAAUCCUUCGACGACAUCGCGCGAGACUGCGCCGCCGCCGGGGUCCACCUGAUCCGGGGUAUCGACGCCGGAUGCACGCACCUCCUCAUACCCGACCCGUCCAACGACGGCGGCGGCGUCCCCGCGCCGUUCGGACCACAGCUGGCGCGCAGGUUCUCGCGGGGCGGCGUCAAGCCCGUGACGAUGAAGUUUCUCGAAGCCAUUCGAGCGCGGCGCGACCCGGCGGCGCCGAUGCCCGACCCGGACUCGGACGCCUUCGCGGUGCCGAGGGACGUGGUGAUGGCCGUGCUGGGGGGUGCCGAGGGGGGUGCCGAGGGGGGUGACGAGGGGGGUGACGACGACGCGACGACAGACGGCGAGGCUGCGGAGGACAGUGGCGACGAAGCGGAGGUUGUUCCGCGCGUCGGAGGUUCUUUCGGAGGUUCUUUGAUCGGCGGGGUUCGGCCCCCCGGUGGAGCCGGCUGGGCCGCGGCGGGGGUGAGCGCGGGUGUCUCCGCCGCCGCCGCCGCCAAGGCUGCCGCCGCGGAGGCUGCGAGGCGAGCCGCGAGGGACCAUCGCCCGGGCGAAGGCGGUGACUCACCGGGCGGCAGGGACGAGCCUCCGAGGUUCGUCGCCGACAUCGACCGCGACGACGCCGUGCCGACGGCGCCGAUCGAUUUUCACACCGAGGGUAAGGCAACCGUCGUGUUCGAGUCGAUCCCGUCGCCCCGUCGUGCGCGAACGACGCCCGGAGACGCGACCCGCGGCGGAGUUCCAAACUUUAAGCGUUUCCGCAAACAGGCGGCUCCGGGUCGAGUCGGCCGGUCGUCGGCGUCGGCGGUCGGUGACGGCCGCCACCGCCGCUCCGCCGCGCCGGUGGUACGAUACGCGGACGAGACGUACGACGCGUUGCAUCAGUGGGAAGACGGGGAUGUGGCGGCGAUGCACGAGAGGCUGAGGCGGGAGGCGGCGGCGGCGGAUGACAUGUUCGACCGCGAGGGAGACGGCGGGGGCGCGGGGGCGGGACGGGCCAAAUCGAAGGCCAAGCCCCGCGCGAAAGCCGCCGCCAGGCGAUAG